GGCUCUUUCUUGUCAGUGUGGUCUGGUUCUGAGUUUUCAGGAAGCUCAGAACUCAGAGAAGAAAUAGAUGGACUUUCUUUGUUUUGGAGCUCUGCUUAAACACUGGUUUUGUAUUAAUUACCUUCUGUUUGCUUGAGAAAUUAAUCCCCUACCAGUGCUUACAAAUCUUGCCUUCAUCAGCUGUAAGAGAUUUAUUAAGUCGGAGGUGGUCUUAGUCCCAAGAUGACUCCGACAUCCCCAUUUAUUCUUUUUCAGUUAUGAAGGGGAGUGAUCUUUCAGUUUUGGAUAAUUAAAGUUUCAACUCUGCGAUUCUUUCUUUCAUGUUCCGUUAGCGAUGCUGGCCUGUGAUUAUGGAGAAGAACAUUAAGUGAUUUUGACAAUAUGGGAUAGAAAAAAGAUAAUCAAUUAUGAUUGUCAAACUUCACAGACUCACUUUCAGGUAAAGCUGCUUCAAAAUGGAAGUCUUUGAGUUAGCAAAGCACGAAGAAUCCGCUCCACCACUAAUAGAAUACAUCUCGCAAGACGAAGUGAGCGGCUUCGAUAGCAUUGAUAGCAGCCGUGGCAGUGGUUAUCAUCCUAUUACUUCAUCAUCUAUGGUAUGUUUUGUUAUACAUUCAUCAAGCUCCUUGUGCAAAAGAUCUAGUAAAUUUAGCCUGAUUCUGGAUGAAAUGCUAGUGGGUUUAUGUGAAAUCUUCUACACUGGAAAGAAAUUAGACAGAAACUCCUCUAAUUUGGAAUAAAAUUUGUCCUAUUCAAAGCAGGGACUUGAACCUAUUGCUUCUGAGGACUGCUGUAACAAAUUUCAACCCAUCAACGAUCACAUGACUUACUCUGUUUCCAUCAACUUGCCAAUUUCUCCAAGGGGAAGCAAUUCAGAGAUGAAUGAAAAAGAUCUCUCUGAAGCUAUCAAGGAAACAAGUUUUGGCAAUGGAAUUUCGGCUUCCUCUGCUGAAUCUACGGCUGCCGGGUUGCAGAACAGAAAAAUAAAGUUCCAUUCUCAGUCGAUGCCAAAGGGAUGUGCAGUUGGGUUGGAAGACAGUAUUACAAACUCUCAUAACAAUCAAAAUUUGAAGGAUAAAAGAUAUGAUUCCUUCAAAACAUGGUCUGGGAAAAUUGAGAGGCAGAUAACGUAUCUACGAGGGAAGACACUUGAACCUUCAACAGAGAAUCCUGUGGAGCAUAGAGUAGAGAAGGAUGCUUUACCUUUGGAUAGAUACUAUGAUGCAUUGGAAGGGCCUGAGUUGGAGAACCUUAGGGCCUCAGAGGAAAUAGUGCUCCCAGAUGACAAGACAUGGCCGUUUCUUCUUCGGUUUCCUAUCUCUUCAUUUGGUAUUUGUCUUGGUAUUAGCAGCCAAGCAAUCAUGUGGAAAACUCUGGCCACCUCUGCAUCCACAAAAUUUCUCCACAUUAGCCUGAACGUAAAUCUUGUACUAUGGUGCAUCUCUUUUGUUCUUGUACCCAUUGUAGCUUCCACCUAUCUUCUCAAACUAAUUCUCUACUUUGAAGCAGUUCGUCGUGAAUACUACCACCCAAUCCGUAUCAAUUUCUUCUUUGCUCCAUGGAUAGCUCUUCUGUUCUUAGCACUUGGAGUUCCUCCUUCACUUGCCAACAACCUGCACAGUGUCCUUUGGUACAUUCUCAUGGCUCCAAUCCUCUGUCUUGAGCUUAAGAUCUAUGGACAAUGGAUGUCUGGAGGACAAAGGAGGCUUUCAAGAGUAGCAAAUCCUUCAAAUCAUCUGUCAGUUGUAGGGAAUUUUGUUGGGGCAUUGUUGGGUGCAUCGAUGGGGCUAAAAGAAGGACCUAUUUUCUUCUUUGCUGUUGGGUUGGCUCACUACACUGUCCUAUUUGUAACCCUCUACCAGAGACUUCCAACAAACGAAACGCUCCCAAAGGAGCUCCAUCCAGUAUUCUUUCUGUUUGUUGCAGCUCCGAGUGUUGCUUCAAUGGCAUGGGCAACUAUUCAAGGCUCCUUUAAUUAUGGCUCGCGGAUUGCUUACUUCAUUGCCCUGUUUCUUUACUUAACACUGGCAGUUCGUAUUAAUUUUUUCCGAGGAUUUAAGUUCUCAUUGGCUUGGUGGGCUUACACCUUCCCAAUGACUGGAGCUGCCAUUGCAACUAUCAGGUACUCAAAUGAAGUCACCAACAUAGUAACUCAAACUCUUGCUGUUAUACUCUCUAUCGCUUCCACAUUCACAGUCACAGCUCUGCUUGUAACCACAAUACUACAUGCCUUUGUCCUCCGAGACCUCUUCCCUAAUGACAUAGCCAUUGCCAUUACCGAGAGACCAAAACAUCAUCAUCAUCAUCAUCGUCAUCAUCAUUACAUGAACUGGUUCCAUCGAAGACUUGGGAGCUUAGAGCAUAAAGACAUAGAAAAUUACUUGAAGUAUGCAACCUCAGAUCACAAAGACGACAUAGAAGCUUCUGUAGACCCUAACUCAGAUGGUAGUAAAUAAGUAAAGAAUAUGUUAUGAGGAAGUCCUUGCCAUUUUUUUCUGAUCCUUCAGGCUACCUUCCUAGCCUUAGCCAUGCGAGGAACACGAGAUUAAACAUAGGAGAGUUUCAGUGAGCAUGUGUUUACGAGGAAAUGAAGAUUUACGUGGUGAGGCUGCCUGCAUUGUAUGAGAUCAGUAUGAACAAUAAAACAACAAAUUGUAACCAUAAAUUUUAUCUUUAGCUUAUAGCCUAAACAAAGGUCUCCAA